AUGCUUCCUGUAACUUAUCCAGCCAGCCAGCCACCAGACAUCUCAAUUCAACUUCAAGGAAAUUGGCAUUUCACUCUCUUUAGUGAGGAUUUUGUGUCAUCAGAACGAUUAACGACACAUUUUCAUCAGACCGAAAUAAAUUUAGACACAAUGGAACGUUUACUUGAAUGCAAUAAUGGACCGGAUAAUUUAGUAGAAAAGAGAAGUGAAAUGUUCACGGUUCACUUGACUUUGGGUAGAAAAAUGCAGCACAAAGAAUUGAGGGAAAUUAUUUACUGA